AUGCUAGAUAUCUCAAUUAUAAUCAGUUUAUUCCUGGCAUUAUGCCAAUCUAUUCUUGAAUGUUCAAAAAAGAGAAACAAUAACAAAGGCAUCGGAACGGCUCGAUCAAUUGCUUCACCAAAAGUUAGCGCAACUUCGCCUCUUUCACCGGCGACAAAACAAGAGCCAUGUUCAACAUUAAUCAAUAAUAAUGAGAAGGAAGAGCAACCUCCAUCACCUAUUGAUUUGAAUCGGGAACAACAAAUCUCACGUGUUGGAGGACUUUCUCACGAAGCGCUUUGUGAAUGGUUUGAAUGUGUGAUGAAAUAUGUUAGUGAUGGGCUGAACUGGAUUUUUUAACGAAAUAUUUUUUUCUGGUAGUUUUCGAUCUGAAAUUGUAGAAAAUUUCGAGUUUAGGAGCUGAAAACUAGCUUCAAAAAUGAUUUUCAUACAAAUCUGAUAGCAUAGGGUUGUGCAGAAGGGUCUAUUCAAAAAUCCUUACUUAUGUUAUUGACCCUGCUGAACAACCCUAUGCUAUAAGAUUUGCAUGAAAAUCAUAUUUGAAGCUAGUUUUCAGCCCCUUUUACACGUCAUAACUCAUUAGUUGAGUUGUUGGACAUCGACUAAAUGACAUUUUCAUGUUUUUCAAGCAAAUGAGCUGAAAUAUUGGGUUCUAAUGUUAUUCAUAUGAUAGAAUGGUCUAAGACGAACAGAAUGAUAUAAAUUUUGAUGACUUUACGUUAUCCAUAAGUGAUUUAGCGGCUUAUCGACUAAACCUCGCUGAAUCACUUAUGGAUAACAUAAAUUCAUCAAAAUUUAUAUCAUUCUGUUCGUCUUAGACUAUUCUAUCAUAUGAAUAACAUUAGAAACCAAUAUUUCAGCUCAAUUACUUGAAAACCCAAUGAGUUCUGCAAUUUCGGAAUAGUGUUAAGCGGAUCGAAAACUACCUAAAAAUCAAGUUCCCUAAGGGAUAAUUCCUGUAGUUUCAAAAUUAUUCAAUUUUUUGCAGUCAAUCGAACGGGAAGUUAUGAGCUUCAAAAACGAGACUAAUUAUGAAAGUAAACGAAAAUGGUUUCAAACAUUCGAUAAAAAUCCAACAUUGAAUCGCUACGAAAGACCAAAAUGUUACGAUUAUUCUCGAAUCAUUCUCAAAAAUCGAAAAAACGAUUAUAUCAAUGCUUCAUGGAUGGUUUAUGAAAAUGAGAAGAAUAUUCUGGCACAAGGUCCGCUUUCAAAUACAAUUUCCGAUUUUUGGGCGAUGAUUUGUCAGGAAAAAGCGGAAUAUAUUGUAAUGUUCUGCUCAUUUAUUGAAAAAAGUGUGGAACAAUGUGCACAAUAUUAUCCAUUGGAAGAGGGAAGAGUCGCAAAAUACGAGGAAUUUGAGGUGAAAAAUGUGCGAAAAGAGAAGGAUCCAGUGAAAGGUGUGGUUUGGACGAUUUUAGAGGUAACUGAUUCAGAAAGCAAAACAACAAGAACAAUCAACCAUGUUUAUGUAUCUUGGUGGCCUGAUAAAACUACACCAGAAGAUGCGAAAUUGACAAUUGAACUAUAUCGCUGGUUAUCAAAGAAAUCUUCAAAAUUCCCAAAAGUUUAUCAUUGCGACAGUGGAGUUGGUAGAUCAGCUUGCUUUUUGGCUAUUGAUAUAUUUCUUAAAAUUCAUCAAUUAUUAUAUGAUGAAAUCGAUAAUUCAAAAACUACCGAUAGAAUCAAUAGUCAUGUUCGAAAUCUGCGAAAUGGUGCGAUCGAUUCACAUCUUUUACAUCUUUUUCUUCUUCUUUGUAUUUUUGAGUAUUGUAAUCAAGAAAAAGCAAAAAUCACUGAAGAAAAAGAAAAAAGCAAAUAUUAUUAUAAAUGGCUUGAUGAUUAUGACAAUUUUGUAGAAGAUUAUCAAAAAUGUCGCCGAAAAUUGAUCAAGGAUCCUUAUUUGUAUUACAGAAACCCGUCUCUUUCGCAAUAA